AAGAGCAUGACGGCUCAAAGCUAGUUCUAUUUAACAAGGAUGGCGACUUGUCGUAGGUAGCGCAACUUUACAAUGCCAUGGCCAACUGCUGGCCCCGUCCGAAUUCUGUUUAUUGGAAAUUCGCUGACCUUCUGGUGCGGCGGUAUUGAUUUGAUGUUCCGCAACUGGGGUUUCGAUGCUGCUGCUGAGACCAUUCCAGGUGCCACUCUGGCAAAGCUGUGGCGGUCUGGUCGAGCCAAGGCCAAAAUACUUGAAGGUGGUUGGCACAUUGUGGUUUUACAGGAUGACCUCCCCGAAUAUCCGGAGAAAGGUGACUCAGCUAGUCGCCUGGAAGUGAUUUGCCAACAGUUCAACCCCGUCCUUUCGAAGUUUUUGGAGCUCGUGAAGUCAGUGGAUGCCAUGCCAGUAAUGUACAUGGCUCAUCCAUAUGAGCGCCUUGCGCACACCAGCUUGGAUGAUAUUUGUCUCGCUCACAAGAUGGCGGAAAAGUCCCAUGAUGGGCUGAAAAUUGCACCAGGUGGGCUUGCGCACAGCUUGAUGAAGCAGAUUGGAAUGGAGGACAUGAGUUUAUUGGAUGAGGACCUUGAGCAUCCCUCAGAGCAAGGGCUUUACCUGCACGCUCUUUGCAUCGUGGCUUGCAUUGGAAGGGAGAAGCUGGCUGGAUUGCAAUGGGCUCCAGAUGGAAUGCCUGAUUCCCAGGUGCAAAUGUUCAAGCAGAUCGCUGUGGAUAGCCUUGAAGCUUGGGACCGUGAUGUAAUCACAUGAAGAUCGUGAAGGUCAUGGACUAGCAACAUGAUGCAACAUGCAAGAAUGCCCCGGAUUUGCUGAAAGUUGACAGUUGUCCAUGCAUCGAUAACCUCACCUUCUCGUAGACUCAACCCGGUUCUUGGCGUUGCUCCCGUCCUUGGAGACUCCCUACCUACUCGGAGAGAUUGAGGCGAGGUUGCAGCAGCAGCCCAAUGCGGACAUCGCAUGUUAGCGGCGAAAAAAAA